AUGUUGAACAAGAGAAAACGUGGUGGCCCCAACGAAGGAGGUCAUAAUGACGAUGAUGAUCACAGCAGCAGUGAUGAAGAGAAUUUUGAACGUGAUUCCAAACAAUCAAUCCGUUCAAGCCAUUACGAUCGUCGGGAACAAUCCAGUGAUGAAAGUAGUUCGAGCAGGAACAGCUAUCAUGAUGAUGAAGAGAGUGAUCAAGACGAGGAAGAAGAAGAAAUCAAUCAGCUUUUGGUACAGCAAGUGGCCGGAACCUUAAUGAAUGAUUUUCGGCAGUUUAAUGCAAAUUUGAUGAAUCAUUUUCAUAUGCUGAGAGAGAACAUUCUGGGAAAUGAUCUUACAAUGGACUUCCUUUGCUUCUCUGAAUCAGUUAAAAUUGCAAAAGAAGAAGACUUGAAUUUUAGAAUUGCACAAAGAAUUGAACACUCUCUUGAUUUUCUCAAAGUUUGUGCUCUCUCAGCACGUCACCCUCCAGUACAAGUCAGUGAAUCACUAUCAAACAUAAUACAUGGUGGAGAUUCAUUGGAAACCUGUAAAUCUAGGCUCUCAUACACUGAGUUAGAAAUGAUUAGUGAUUUUUUGGAAUCGGACGACCUUGAUGUGAAACUAUUGGUAGUUUGCACCAAACAAGAUUUUAUGAACCAAACACCAAUUUGUCAACUUGCAAUUUUUGUUUUGAAGAUUGCAAAGAUAUUUGACGGAGAAAUUGUUUCCGAGAAGUUUUUGAAUUCCUAUAUUAACACAGCAUUGCCUGUACCAGCGCUUCUUGACGAUGAGGAAACUCUUAUUGCUUGGCCUCUAUUUGAGAAUGAACAGGUCUUACUCCUUUAUGGAAGUGAAGAAUCGAGAACUGAAAUGAUUCAACUAUUUUCUGAAAGAAAAGUAACAGUCAUUGAUGACAUUGAUCAAGUGGUACUUUCUAGAUGUAUUGUAGUCGUGAGCGAAGAUUUUAUGAUCAUGAAGAAGCCAUCUCAACUAUCGACGAAUGAAAAGUCCAUUCUCGAGUUUUUAACUCAAACCGACUGUGUAUUUUUCAAACACGUGAAGUAUUGUUUUGAGCACUGUAUGAAUCUGAAAAGAACAAUGUUUGAUGAGUGCUCCGUGUUGCUAAAACAAAAUAAUUAUUUGUCUGGCUUGUUAGAGUUCCCACUGUAUCAACAUCGACGAAGAAGAAGACACCUUUUGGAUGAAAAUCAAAUACAGUCGUUUAAGGAGGCCCAAACGCUGCUUCCAGAUAUCAAAGAGCAGACUUCUCUAACACGAUUCCUACCUAAUGAGAUUAUUUAUCACAUUUUACGAUUUUUACAAGUUCAAGAGCUACUAGAGUUCAGACUUGUCAACAAUCUUGCCAAUGUCAUGUGUUUGCAGAAUUUCAUAUGGAAAGACGUGUGUGUAAAUACCUGCAAGCAGUAUCCCUUUUUUUCUUCCAUGAACAUUGAUGCAUAUCAUUUGCCCUAUAUCGUUGUUUAUAGAAAUUAUAUUCGUCCCCUCAUCAAGGAUUUUUCUUUAUUCAAAACCUUAUGUCACAUUGAAGAUCCAUCCAAAUCGAGUUUAAUCUCAAAAGAAAGAUUUUUACCAUUACUAACACCAACAUUAUUCAUCGAUACGAGUUUUUGCCCUGAUGCAGAGAUUCCCAUUGGUUCUUCAAAGAUGGCAGGAAAAGCUGACUUACCUACAGCAUCUGAUGGAAAAGAAAUUCGGGAACUUGUAGACAAAAUUUCCAGAAUGGGAUUAAUAUUACAAUUGAAUUUGGAUGAAUGUGGACAUGAAAUUUUUGGUCUCUCCUACCACACCACUAGUAAUAUUUUGAAGAAUAUCUUCCCAAAGAGCGGAAUUCUUUACUUCUUUUGUCACACGAAUGUUGAAUCUCCACAUGGUUUCAUUUUGCAUUAUCAAGGUCCUAAACACAAACUAAAAAGAUAUGAAAAUGGAAGAGAGAAGAAUGCAUUUCGUAUUAAAUUUUAUGAAGCACUCUCUCUUCCCGCUGCCUCUGAUGCCUACUUUUCGAAUGACUACAAAAAGUAUGGUGCUGCAAUUCGAGGAGUCGAUGAAGACGAUCUAUUUGAUGUGUUAACACAACAUAUUCAUGCGCCAUUUUCACAAGGGGAACCCCACGCACUAUUUGGAUGUCUACCUUUUGUCACAAAAGAUGAAUGGAUCAGAGAAGAGGAAGACCUUCCUCUUAGUGAUGAAGAGGAUGAGGUUGAUGAAAUCUAUGACAAAUUCCUCGAUAUGAAUAAGAUUCUUGUACCCAUUCUGAAACUCUCUUCAGAUUGCAAGAUUGAAGAAGAUCAAAUAUUCCGCAGAGUGUUUGAUCAUGUUGCUCCCGUUCAAGACUUUUUGGUUUCAGGAGAUGCCAUCUCAUUUAGUAUCGAUAAAGAUUGCAAGUGGGAGUUGUGGAAGAGUUUUGAAGAUGGGUCGUGUAUUCGACAAUUACCAUGUUUUGUGGAUGAUUUGUUUGAGGAGAUCAGUGAACCCUUACAUCAAAAGUACAAUAAGAAAGUACAAUCACUCUUCUUUAAACCUGGGACUCUUCAAUAA